AUGGAUAACUGUCACGCGAUAUACACGGAGAGUCCGUUUGCCAUUUCCCAGGAGGAUGUCGAUGCCCUCAACUCGUCAAAGGCGUUUUGUGCGCUGAGGAGGUGUUUGGCGGGCCAGGCCGAUUUCUGUGCCUCACAUUCGACAUGCUCACCCCAAGCCAAGCAAACAUGGCUGCUCCACCGCGAUAUCCUCCACGCCCUUAUCAUGCCCAUUGUUACUUUGUUCUCGCGUGCCUCGACCCUAGCAUCUGCCGCCCUGUGCACACAGCGCGCCUCUGACCUUGAACUCGCCUUUUCGGGCGAAUCCCGCAGUGCCUUCAUCGGCCUGCAAUGCUUCAUCACCGAGGAGGCCGACUGGUGCCACACUCACGGCUGCCCAGCCUGCGUCGUGACCGAGACAUUGAGUACCGACAGCCACAUCCGCCUGACCAUUGCCGCAAGUCUUCUCAGCACCGCAACCGUCGCCACACCCACCCAGGAAGAACCCCCUUCGCAGGACUCCCAAGACCGGACUCUGCCCCCGCUCCCCCACAUCCUUCCCGCCCUCCAGCAUGCAGUCAUCAAUGACCCCUUCUGGGAAGGCUCAGACAUCUGGAGCUACAUCCUCUCUCGCGCCACCCAGCUCUCUGCGGGUAUCCAGGCCCUCAUCGCCGAAUGCAUAAACCUCGAGUCCCUCGUCUCAUCUCCUACUACCGACCGCCCAGCCUCGAAGCGUGGAAUGACGCACCCCAGCGUCCCCUUUGUCGCCUCUGGCCAAGCAGCACCCGAAAAAGGUGUCAAGCUCCGCAAGAGCAAGCUUGCAAAACGACAGCUCAGGCUUCGCGAUGAGGAGGUCGAGCUUAUGAGGAGGGUGGCCAUGCAGUGUUGGGCUAAAGCCAAGGUGCCGAAGAAUCUGAGGGCGGAUGCUUUGGCUUUGGGCGAGAGUAAGAGGUCGAGGAGCUUGACUUGUCCGUGA